AUGCUGAUACGGUUGAAACCGAAGGCACUGUUGGCCGCUCAGUUGUUCUGUGGUCGACUCGUUGCCAUCAUAAUCGUUUCAGCUGUAAUCUACACGCUCGUUAUUGCAUAUCGAAACGAGUUUAUGCAUUCAUUUCGAAAACGGGAAGCCACUAAGAACGCAAGAAACGUAACGAUCAUUGUUGUUACACCAACAUAUAAACGCAAGGAACGCAUUGGCGAUAUGUUAAGAAAAAAACCUGCACAUUUUCGGUUGUCGCAGACGUUGAGUCAUAUACGAAAUCUUCAUUGGAUUGUCGUCGAAGAUGGGAACUCGACAGCGGAGGUGAUUCGGAGGUUGCUCAACCGAAGUAAUAUUCCUUAUGUGUAUCUAGCUACAACAACCGCUCCAGGAAUGCCAAAACGUGGCUGGACGCAACGCAAUCUUGCGUUACAGUACCUUCGGGAGAACUACAGCCCAGACACUGAUGGUGUGCUCUACUUUGCUGACGAUGAUAACUCGUACGAUGUGCGAUUAUUUGAUAAUUACAUACGGAAGGUGAAACGGCUGGGAAUAUGGCCUGUUGGCUUGGUCGGAGGAGCGUGGGUGGAAGCACCGCGGGUGGAUAAAAAAGGGAAAGUAGAAGGGUGGGAUGUGUUGUUUGCCCCUCGACGAGAAUUUGCAACCGACAUGGCAGGUUUCGGUCUACAUAUCAAGGAGCUCUUCAGAGUAAAGAAUGCAACAUUCGAGAAGUGCACUAAGACAGCAGGAUUCGGACCCGAAUCCUGUUUUCUCACUCAAUUCGGUUUCAAAAAGAAGGACGCGGAACCGUUUGGGCUCAACGAAAUUCCUAAGGAUAUUCUCGUUUGGCACACAAAGACCUCCGAAUCGAGAGGAUCAGGACCAUUGAGAGGUUUUGUCAUUGAGUGA